CUCUCCGGGCUUGAGGGAGGUGCAGGGUGCCGAGUCCAUCUAAAACGCGGACGCGACGGAGCGUAGCUUGGGGACCACGGCGACUCCAGCCUGCCCGAGGCCCCGGAGGAGGAGGGGCGCCGCGGCGAGCCUGGGCUAGGCAGGCGGCGGGAGCUCGGCGGGAGCGCUCCGCUGCGCCGGGGCUUGCCAAGAUGCCCGUCAUGGUAGGAGAUAUCAUGAAGCUGCUCUGCUCCAUCUCUGAGGAGAGGAAGAUGAAGGCGGCCGUCAAGCACUCUGGGAGGGGCGCCCUGGUCACGGGGGCCGUGGCCUUCAUCGGGGGCUUAGUUGGAGGCCCACCCGGACUAGCUGUUGGGGGGGCUGUCGGGGGUCUAUUAGGUGCCUGGAUGACAAGCGGACAGUUUAAGCCAGUUCCGCAGAUCAUAAUGGAGCUGCCACCCGCCGAGCAGCAGAAGCUCUUUAAUCAAGCCACUGCCAUCGUCAGGCACCUGGAGUGGACGGACGCUGUGCAGCUCACCACACUGGUCAUGGGCAGUGAGGCCCUGCAGCAGCAGCUGCUGGCCAUGCUGGUGAACUAUGUUACCAAGGAGCUCCAGGCCGAAGUCCAGUACGAUGACUAGGUCGUUUCUCCUGGGAUGCGGGGGUCUCAUGUACGUGAUUUGGACUCACAGAAGGGGACUGGGGGGUGGGAAAGCCCCACAUCAGUGUAUUACCUUAUAUGGAAUGAAAUCUGCCGGAGGGGCUACUGCUGCACUCUAUCAUGUUCUGGAGAUGAUUUAUGAAGAUGUUGUGCUUUGGGGUCGUGUGUGCUAAUAUGCACUGACCACCCUUUGGCUGGGAGGCUGGUGAAGAGUGACAUUGGUGACAGCUUUCUAGGUCCACUCUUACACUGGAGUGUGGUGGAAGGCCCUCAUGUUCUGCCUCCUCACCUGUGAAGGAGUCCUGUCCUAAGCACCUGU